AUGAUAUGGAUUAUGAUGCCUACAAAUAUAUUUUGGCUACAAUGGUUGCCUGAUAUACAUGCUAAAACCGACACGUCAUACUUUGGACAACAAGGUGUGAAUAUUCUUAUAUAUAGUUUUCCAGUCCUACUUGUUGCUGCAUUGGGAUGUCUGUAUCUUCAUCUAGAGAAGUGCAUAGAUCAUAGCAAAGACGAAACCCCUAAAGAGUCUAGUUUCUCCUCGUGGAGACGACCUGCUCUCGUGAAAGGCCCUCUAGGAAUAGUCUCUUGGAUAGAGUUAUCCUUCUUAGCUAUGUUCUUGGCACUCUUGGUUUGGUCAUUUUCAGCCUAUGUACACGGCAUGUUCAAGAAUAUUACCAGACAAUCUGCAGUAAAUAUGGGAGAGUUUGUAUGGGAAGCAAAGUUAGAAAGUGCAGCCCUAUUGCUUGGCCUUGUUGGGAACAUAUCUCUCGCCUUCCUCUUCUUCCCGGUGACUCGAGGAUCGUCGAUUUUACGUGUAAUAGGCCUUUCUUCAGAAUCAACCAUUAAGUAUCACAUUUGGCUUGGGCAUAUAGUUUUGACACUCUUUACUUCACAUGGUUUAUGUUAUAUAAUCUUCUGGGCUUGUACAAAUCAGACCUCGGAGAUGUGGGCGUGGAACAAAUUUGGAGUGUCAAAUGUGGCUGGAGAAGUAGCUUUGCUCUCUGGCUUAGUUAUAUGGAUCACUAGCUUCCCGCGCAUUAGGAGGAAAUUUUUCGAGCUCUUCUACUACACUCAUCAUUUGUACAUUGUCUUCGUCGUGUUCUUUGUUCUACAUGUGGGAUUUUCUUAUUCUUGCAUUUCACUUCCCGGGUUUUAUAUCUUCCUAAUUGAUCGAUACCUAAGAUUCUUACAAUCCCAACAACGUAUUCGUUUAGUCUCUACUCGUGUUUUACCUUGCCAGGCUGUCGAAUUGAACUUCUCCAAAGAUCCAGGAUUAAGGUACAAUCCAGGAAGCAUUAUGUUCAUAAAUGUGAAGAGCAUAUCCCAGAUUCAAUGGCAUCCAUUUACAGUUACAUCAAAUUCAAACAUUGAUCCUGACAAGAUCAGCGUUGUCGUCAAAAGUGAAGGAAACUGGUCUCAGAAUCUGUAUAAAAAGCUUGCAUCUUCAACUCCAAUGGAUCGACUUGAAGUCUCCAUCGAAGGACCUUAUGGACCUCCAUCAACCUCCUAUUUAAGGCACGAUGAGCUGGUGAUGAUAAGUGGUGGGAGUGGCAUCACACCGUUCGUAUCCAUCAUUCGGGAACUCAUUUUCAUAGCAAACACAAGAAGUUGUAAAACCCCAAGAAUACUCCUCGUCUCUGCAUUCAAGAAAACUGAAGAUCUCGCAAUGCUAGAGCUUCUCCUUCCGGUUUCAGGCACAAGUUACGACAUUUCUCGACUGCAAUUACAAAUCCAAGCCUACGUAACUCGGGAGAAGGGUGCUUCACCAGACAGCCAGAAGCUCGACCGGAGCACGUGGUUCAAGCCAAGCACUUUAGACAGACCAGUAUCUGCUGUUUUAGGCCUGAACACCUGGCUUUGGCUCGGAGUUAUAAUUGCAUCUACCUUCGUCAUUUUUCUUAUUCUGAUUGGCAUUCUUACUGAGUACUACAUAUACCCCAUUGAUCAUAACACCAAUAUGAUAUAUCCAUACUAUGCAAAAUCGAUGAUCAAUAUGUCACUUUUGUGUAUGUCUAUGGUGAUAAUUGCAACUCUAGCUUUCUUCUGGAACAAGAAACGAAAUUCUAAAGAGUCGAGACAGAUCCAAAAUGCAGACGCUCCAAUACCGACAGCAUCUCCAAGACCCGAGUUGUGGCCUUCCGACGUUGAUAGAGAGUUGGAAGGUCUUCCACACUAUUCUUUCUCUCAAGUUACCACAGUACACCAUGGAGAAAGGCCAAACCUUAAAAGUAAAGUGUUUUUUUUCAGUCUGCUUCGAUAUGCCCCUGUUUGA